AUGACGGUAUCGAUUACCCGAGAAAUGUUUAUCAGCGAAGAGAAACAAAGAUUUCUUCAAGCUUUACCGACAGUGCUUGGUCUCUGUAUGACAAUGUACAUGCCAUUUGCUGCUCGUAAAAGUUUGAAAGUUUGGCGUGCAUUACAGGUCUACGAUGCUCAAGAACCUCCCAAGAACGGUUUUCUUGAAGAACCUCCCAAGAACGGUUUUCUUGGGGAAAAAAGAAUGUCAAGAUUGGAAUUGUUCUCAAUUGUUUUCUGGUGUUUUUCGCCAAGUAUCUUACUUUUGAUCGCGUUCAUUCCCAUUAAAGAUGAAGCCAAAUGGCCCAUCUUUUCCGCUUUCCGUCUUUAUAUUCCCUUCAUCUUUUUUGCCUAUGUUCUUUCCUUUUCUUUAUCCCACUUGUUCGCUCCUCUUAUCUUGCCGAUUCAGCGUGUUGGACGUAGAUUGGACCCAAAAUUGGACAAAAAGACAAAACAAAAGAGCCCGGCAAACGUGACGAUCACAAGAGACAGUACGAGACGCAAUCCUUUGGCUAUUUUUUUCGUUUUGCUGAACAUCAUAAUUUCUGCCACUACUGCUUAUUUUUUUGCACAUUCUACGGAUUCGAUCUUGAUCGUUAUUGUGAUCGCGUUCGUAAGAGCAUUUGUGUACUCUCGAAGUUUGAUCUUACCCGCGACAUUUGGACACAACGUGUCUUUACGAUCUCACGUCAAGUAUCUUGUAGUGAUCUUAAUCGCUACUAUCUCAUUCGUUGCAAUUGUGAUUGCCAUCGUAAACUCUGUUGACUAUCUAACGUCGUCGUCAAUGAAAUCUCCUGAAAAAGCUAAAGAAAAGGAAAAAGAUUUGGACAAUCGCGAUCUGAUUAUCGGUCAAAUGAUCUGCUUACUUUACUCGUCAAUUUGGCCUUUGCACAUGAGUUUGCCUGCUUUUUUGAUGACCUUAGCUUAUCGAUUCGAUGUUGCAAACGAAGGCUUAAGUGAAGUUUCGGAUGAGCAAAAGAAACAAGCAAUUCGUGAAUCAAAAGAAAUGGCAAAACAUUGUAUGUCACUCAAACACCCCGAUCAUCCUUUUGACAAUGUUGGACGUGUACCAAUCUUGCUGGUCUCAAUCGCACUACGCCUUUCCGAAGAAGAGCCAAAAUGCGCAUUGCCAACCUUUACUGCAACCAUGAAAGCAAUGAUCUCCGUCCAGCUUGCAAGCCUGUUCAUCAUUUGGGGAUUUUUACCUUCAUGGUUCAAUGUACCUUAUUUCGUUCGUUCGAAAGAAGCUCUGCUCUUAUUCCCUUUGCCGUAUUCAUUCAAUUUUGGCAUUCUUUUUGCCUAUUUUGCCAUUGCACCGGUUAUGCUCUUUUCUGUCGGGUAUCACGCCAAACAAAGAGGUCAAACGUUCGGAGCCGGUUUACGCGCCCUUUGGACAUACGAAGAGAAAUGGCAAGCAAAUUAUCUCCAAACUAAGAUCGAUCAUCAGAUACAUCUCAUGGAUACACGUGAAGAACUUGAAGGCAAAGAAGGAGAAGAGGAAACAUUACUCGCUGAUCACCUCAGAGAUGACUUGGAUGACAGACAAUCCACAAUUGAAGUCACAAGAGCAGCAGUACGCAUUCAACAGCGUCGUCAAUUGCAGUCAGAAGGUAUGCGAGAUACUUGCAUUUCCUUCAAUACGUACUGGAUUCAUCAUCUUCAUAAUCUGUUUGAUUUGCUCAUCCAGUAUUCAGCACAACAACAACAACAACAACAACAACAACAACAACAACAACAACAACAACAACAACAACAACAACAACAACAGCUAUAA